AUGGAGAAGAUGGAGACAGAAAACCACACCAGUGUGACGAAACUUAUCCUUUUGGGGUUAACACAGGAUCCUACACUUGGUGUCAUCUUGUUUGUGAUAUUUCUAGGUAUAUAUGCUGUUAUUUUAACAGGCAAUAUCAGCAUAAUUACUUUGAUAAGAAGUUGUUCCCAACUGCAAACCCCCAUGUAUCUUUUCCUCAGUCAUUUGGCCUUUGUGGAUAUUGGGUUUUCCACAUCAGUCACACCUAUAAUGCUUAUAGGAUUCCUUAAAUAUAGAAUGACCCUCCCUGUUGCAGGCUGUGAAGCCCAGCUGUGUUCUGUGGUCUCAUUUGGAACAACCGAAUGCUUUCUGUUGUCUGCCAUGGCCUAUGACCGCUAUGUGGCCAUUUGCUCCCCCCUGCUCUACCCCACCCAAAUGUCCCCUAGAGUUUGUGCCAUCUUAUUGGGAGCCUCUUACAUAGGUGGAUGUGUAAAUGCUUGGACAUUUACUAGUUGUAUAUUGAGUGUGUCUUUCUGUGGGCCAAAUGAGGUUGAUCACUUCUUCUGUGAUUUUGCCCCUUUGUUGAAACUUUCCUGCUCAGAUGUCUCUGUUAUAGGAAUUAUUCCUUCUGUCUCUUCUGGAUUGGUUAUUAUGUUUACAGUUUGUGUUAUAUCUCUCUCUUACAUCUUCAUCCUCAUCACAGUCCUGAAGAUGCGCUCCAAGGAAGGGCAAAACAAGGCUUUCUCCACCUGUACCUCCCACCUCACUGCAGUUACUCUCUACUAUGGGACUAUAUUCUUUAUUUAUGUCAUGCCUAAAUCCAGUUAUUCAACUGAGCAGAACAAAGUGAUAUCUCUGUUCUAUACUGUGGUGAUUCCCAUGUUGAAUCCACUUAUUUAUAGCCUGAGGAAUAGAGAUGUGAAGGAAGCCCUGAGAAAAUUAACUAUUGGAAUAUUUUCUUAA